AUGCAGUCGGGAGGCUUGUACCAGUCAUCCUUCCGUUCCUAUUGCUCGUGUCCCUAUCCUAGUUGCAUGGAUGGCAGAAACGACACGGAGCAUGUUUGUCCUUCUUCGCUUUCGUACCAGAAAUCCAGCGAAUCUCAUUUGAGAUUGCAAGCCAGUUCGCUCCUACAAAUCCCUGGAGAUCCAAGGUUCUACUCAAAAGCAGAACGGUCUCCUUUUCUCCCAUCUACAUCCUUCGGCGUCAUUUCGCGGCCAACGAGUUUUUAUUUUCCAGCUUCAUCUCACUGUUUUGCAACAAGCCAGCAGUUGUUUUAUCCGUUCAGCGAGACAUCACAUGGCAGACAACAUGGUAGGUAAAAACGUAACUAAAUAAGUUUUCUUUUUUGCAAACUUGAUCCACACUAUUAAUGCAGUGCAUCCCGUUUUAUCCAAGAAACUCGUCGUUCAGGUUAAGAUUAAUUUAUACCACCUACAUGCGUUGACGCUCUUUUUGGGCUUCGCAUUGAUGCCAGUGUGACAGACCGCAUGUUAAAAUCUAUUCUUUAAUUGUUUCGUCUAUUAAAGAAGCCUUAGAAUCAAAUCGCGAGCAAAUUAUUGCGUGCUGCGUUAUAUUAAAAAUAAGUUGUAAGAUUUCCCGUUCUGUGUUUGAACAUUAUUUUACGGGUUAUUGUUUUUUGUACAUUUUUUUCAAACAUAAUCAAAAGUAAUUGUUCGUUAAUUUAUUCGUGUUUGAUCAAAAGAGAUCAUAGAAGACUGAUUUAGACUACGUAACAAAACGACUAUCUGCUUAUCAAGACAAGAUAUAACCUAAAUACUCUUGGUUUAGAGGGUCGAUUCAAUAAAAAGACUUUUUAGUGCAAUAAGUCAGUUUUUUGUAGGAAAGCUUUUUGUUUUAAAGUCCAAAUGGAACGUGCAAAGCUACAGUUUUACAGGGCAGUUUUAUUAGGUUUAAAAGCGGCGAAAUCAAUUUUGAGGACAGUUUUAGGUUCAGUUGUGUAAUCAUUAGUAUUUUUCUUAGCUAAAAAUUCAUGGCACGUCAGGUUAACUGCCGCAAAAUAAGUCAGUGUAAGGCAAGUAACACAACUUAUGAACAUUCGAUUCAUGGAUUCAAUAAAGUGCUUUCAAAAAAGAAAUUCACUUGACUACAUUGUGACAACAAGACAAUUGAAUAGAUAAUCGAAGUUGUAGAACGCAAAUUAAUAUCUAAUCAUUCUUAAAUAUACACUACAUAAACCGUAGUAAGAGGGCGGUAAUCUUUUUAUUAAAUUUGUUUAACUUUCAAGAAAACAAUUUCCGAUGUAUAGCGGUAAUGUUCAAGUUAUACUGAAAUACUAGCAAAUUUGAUCAGUCGUUUAGUCCGGAAUAUAAUUGAAGCUAAUUGACGUUCAAUAUGUUCAAAACAUACGGGCAUGAUAGUAAAUAAAUGACGGUCUUUAUCACGGUGGUUGCUUUACGAAUCAUAGUCGUAGUCCGUUACUUUUCCCAGAGCGUACGCAGGUGAAAUUUUGCCUUUUCGUGGAGGGGUCACACGCGUGAUUUCGCUCGCGCUUGCUGUUUUUGCUUGCUCUCUUGAUAUUUAAGUUUCAGUCUUAGCGUUUAUCCCUAAAUCUACUCAUCUCCUUAUCUUUUAUGCUUUUCACAGGCAGUCUUACCGUGGGACUAAGGGAAAAACCAGAAGCAAAGAAACGUCGCAAGCGAACCAUAUUCACCUCUGAUCAGCUGAAAAGACUGGAGUCAGCUUUCGACAGGCAACAGUAUUUGGUCGGCACUGAAAGAGAACGUCUCGCGCGAGAGUUAAACUUGUCAGAGACCCAAGUCAAGAUCUGGUUUCAGAACAGGAGAAUAAAGUGGCGAAAGGAGCAUUUGUAUGCUGGACACGCAGAUCAAAUACAGCAUGAAAGAGAGAAUUUGCAGGAAGAAAAAUUUGAUUAAACUCCGUUUUGAACAGUAAUAUUGCGCGUGUCUGCGAUUGUCCUCAAUAUCUUGAACUUUGGCGCGCUUCUAUUUCAGUUUAGUUUCAGUUACUUAAGUUAAUGUACUGAGAAGCUUUGCCAUUGCGGAGAGUAACUUGCUGUGGUUGAGAAAUACCCCUCUUUGCCAAAAGCAACUGAAUACCUUUUUAAU